AUGUCUCACAGCAAACGUAACACUUCCCGUGCCGUCUUCACCUCUCACGAGCGGGAAUUAGCAAAAUCAGCCUGGACGAGCAGUAGUGCUCGCCUAUCUCGAGACUCAUUCUUACCAUUUGCUUCAUGUCGUUUAUGUCUCCUUCCAGCGCGUACACCUGUAUCGUGUAGUCAUGGUGAUAUCUUUUGUCGCGAGUGCGCCUUGAGUAAUAUCUUGGCGCAGAAGAAGGAAAUCAAGAGGCUGGAGAAGAAUAAGGAGAAAGACGACCAGGAGAGGAAUGAAGAUCAUAUGAGAGAAGAAGAUGAGGCGAGGCAGAGGGCCGUAGAGGAGUUUGAGAGGGUGCAAAUGGGGUUGGAGGGGAAGACUGGGGGAAAGGGCGGUAAGAUUGUAGGGAGGGAGGGGGGAAAGAUUUUGGUAGAGGAAGAAGUAAAUGGUGAAGGUGGGAAGAGGGGAGAAAAAAGAAAAUUCGAGUUAGACGAGGAUGAACUUUUGAGAAUUGCGCAGGAUGAGAGAUCGAAAGCUAGGAAAGCUAUUGAUGAAGAAAAGCAAGAUAAACCACAUAAUUACUCACUUCAUACCUUGAUUACCGUUGCAUUCACAGAAGAAAACGAUAGCGUCACCAAAAAGUCCCAAAGAGUCUGUCCCUCAUGUAAGAAGCAAUUGACCAACACUUCGAAGGCCGUACUCGCCAAGCCCUGUGGUCAUGUCCUCUGUAAAUCAUGCGUCACAAAAUUCAUGACUCCAAGCGGGGUUCACGAUCCACACGCGGAGGCUGGGACAGAUCAGAACGCUGUGGCAUGUUAUGUCUGCGAAGCAGAUCUGACGGAGCGGAACGAUGGGAAGGAGAAAGCGAAAAAGGGGGAUAAAGAAAAGAUUAAGCCGGGGUUAGUAGAGAUCAAAAGUGAGGGAACAGGAUUCGCUAGUGCAGGUGGUAAUAAAGUGGUGAAGGAAGAUGUCGCUUUUCAAUGCUAG